AUGACAACAUUGAAAAUAUUAGAAAUUUCUUAUCGUAAAAUCAGUGAAGGAGAAAUGAAUGGAAAUUCAGUGAUCAAGAUAGUGGUGUACAUUUCUGAAAAACACUUGGAUGCCAAGGAGAAAUUCAUACCAAGGACGAGAAGUGGGGAGAGUGAACACAGUGAGCCAGAAAUCACCUGGGGUCAACCUAACACACACACUGCCUACUUUGGUGACGUCUCUCCCAGCAACGUGACGGCUGUAGUGGGCCACAAGGCCACACUUCCCUGUCGCGUUCUUCACCUCGGCAACAAAGAUGUGUCGUGGAUCAGACAGCGGGAUCUUCACAUUCUGACCCUAGGAAUCUUCACCUACACCACUGACAAUCGCUUUAAGGUAUACCACCCACCAGACACGGAGCAGUGGGACCUGGAGAUUAUCCCCGUCACCUUCAGGGAUGCUGGUGUGUACGAGUGUCAGGUCUCCACCAGCCCUAAAGUAUCCCUGCCCAUCGUUCUCGGUGUGGAAGUGCAGCAGGCAAGGAUUGAGGGCCCAGCUGAGGUAUACAUACAGAAGGGGUCGACCAUCCGACUCACUUGCAUCGUCAACACCCAUUCUGACAAUGUAGGCGCCGUCGCCUGGUUCCGUGAUACUCAUUCCCUCGACUACGACUCUCCUAGAGGCGGCGUCAGUGUGGAGAUAGAGAAGACACCCUCAAGGACCACCUCCAAGUUGUUCCUCACACAAGCAGGCAAGAUUGACGGUGGAAACUAUACGUGCGUCCCGCAGUACGCAGACGCUGCGUCCGUGUUGGUGCAUGUGGUGAAUGGUGAAGAAUCUGCAGCUGUCCAUACUGCAGGCUGCGUUACACUUCUAGCUGAUGUGUGGGCGCUGUGGUGGUGCCUGCUGGUGCUCUUACUAUGUCAUGAGUGGCGGUGA